GAAAAAACCCAAGAGAUGGAAAGCCCGGCUGUUUUCAAUGCUUCGCAUUACCCCGAUGGCGUGAAUGCCAACUUCGUCAAUUCGACAGAGGAGCAGCUCAAAGAAAAAUACGGCAAUGGUACCGACCGUGCGGAGGCGAACGCGAAUCUAUGCGUUCAUUCGGUGCUCAUGAUGAACUGUUUAUGUGCUGCUGGUGUGUGCAGGCAGCGGUUUGUUUGAAGAUCCUGAGCAGCGUGACAUCGCCAAGUGCAAGGACGCCAUCCUCAAGGCGCUCCGUCAGCACUGUCAUCUGUCGCCCGGCUGUUGCCUGGUUGAUGUGGGGGCUGGCACCGGCCUCUUCCUCAAGGACUUCUCGGCCAUCAUCGGCAAUCAAGGUAGGUGCUAUGUGGACAUGUAUGGCUGCUUUGAUCAUGCAUAUCGAUGGGUGGGUGCUGAUGGAUGUGUUCUGGAUGGAUGCUGCAGGAAGCAUCUAUGCGUGCGAGUUGAGUGAUGGGUUUCUGGGGCUGCUGGAGCGCCUGUGCGACGAGGAGGGGCUCACCAACGUCAUUACUGUCAAGACCUCAGACACCUCUCUGCAGCUGCCUGAAAGUGCCAAAAGGGUAUGAGCGCCGGAGUGAGGAGUACGAGUACAGAUCACCGCUGCCUGCCGUGCAUUCGCUAUGCAUGUGUGCUUGUCCCGUGCAGGCGGCCGACUUGGUGUUCAUCUGUGACGUGUACCACCACUUUGAGUACCCCCGGACCUUCAUCAGACACAUCGCCGAUGACGUCAUCAAGCCGGACACCGGGCUGCUUGUCGUCAUUGAUUUCCACCGGAUCCCGGAGAAAAUUUGGUCACGGCCGCCUGAGUGGGUGCUGGACCACGUGAGGGCGGGGCAGGACACAUUCAAACAAGAGGUGCGUGAGAAAUGCACUACACUCAGGGAGGGAGGGAGGGAGGGAGGAUGGAAGAGGGAUUUUGCGUGUGGUGUGUGCUGAUGGUGUGGUGUGCAUGCAGAUAGAGGAGAGCGGCUUUGAGUAUCUAAGCGAUGUCGAGGUGGAGGGAAUGCGCGAGAACUACAUGAUGACAUUCCGACCCAGGAAAGAGCCUACUGCUGGUGACUGAUGUCGCCGGCCGGCCGGCCGGUUAGCUGGCUGGCUGGCUGGCGUACCUUGCUGCUUCGUGUGUGCAUUUAGUCAUCAGAUUGUUUGGUUGCAUGUGAUGUGCGUGAGAGUGUGUGACUCUACUCUACCUACCCCAGCAAACAUCAAUCAGCCGCUGAAACAUCAUUUAUUC